AUGGAGGCCGAGGACUGCCGUUACCAGUUUCGGAUCGCACUGCUGGGGGACGCGACGGUGGGCAAGACGUCGCUUCUGCGGCGCUACGUGGCGGGCGCGCCAGGCGCCCCCGAGCCCGAGGCCGAGCCCGAGCCCACGGUGGGCGUCGACUUCUACCGCCGCGCGCUGCAGCUGCGGGCCGGGCCGCGCGUGAAGCUGCAGCUCUGGGACACUGCGGGCCACGAGCGCUUCAGGUGCAUCACCAGGUCCUUCUACCGGAACAUGGUGGGUGUCCUCCUGGUCUUCGAUGUGACAAACAGGAAGUCUUUUGAACACAUCCGGGACUGGCACCAGGAUGUCCUGGCUACUCAGGGCCCCGACAAGGCCAUCUUCCUGCUGAUCGGCCACAAGAGCGACCUGCAGAGCGCCCGCUGCAUCUCCGCACAGGAGGCCGAGGAGCUGGCCGCCUCCCUGGGCAUGGGCUUCGUGGAGACCUCGGCCAAGAGCAACCACAAUGUGGAGCUGGCCUUUGACACCCUGGUUGAUGCCAUCCAACAGGCCCUGCAGCAAGGGGACAUCAAGCUGGAAGAGGACUGGGGGGGCGUCCGGCUCAUCCACAAGGCCCCAGGUCCCAGGCCCUCCAGCAGGAAGCACCCCCCAGGCUCAUGCCAGUGUUGA